AUGCCAUUCUUGUUAAAUACUGAUGUAACUUUAAGAAUUUCACAGAUAAUUCUUUUAUCAACAAUUCAAUAUUUAGUCUCACGUUAUCGUACACCCCAGGUCGGUGUCAAUGAUGACCACCAACAUCCUUUCACACCCCUUCUUCACUUUUUACAGGGUACCGCCUUUCCUUCGGAAGAUUGA